UCGCAUGUGUGUAUAUAUAUCUUUGUCGUCAAAUGUAGGUAUGCUCAUAACCUCACAAAGAAUGAUUAUUAACGAUUUAUCAUCGUUAAAUUGUAAAUAAUCAUAGAUUGCAAGAAACAACUGAAAGAUGCCCAAACACAAGUGUGCUGUGUUAACUUGUAGAAAUAGAGCGAAAUUUGUAUUUCCCAAAAAUGAGAAAAUGAGAAAAAGAUGGCUUGAGGCAAUUAAAAGACCUGAUUUUCAACCAAAACCUGGCAAUGGAAUUUGUGAGGCACAUUUUCAGCCUGAACAAAUUCGGAGUAAAAGCCAGGAAUUUGGAAAUGUGCUUCUAAGAACUCAUUUAGUCAAAGGAUCUGUGCCUUGUGUCCUUCCUGCAGAAGAGAAUAAAAUUAACCAUAAAAGGACUAAUGAUAUAAAAAAAACAUCUCCAAUCAAAAUAAACCCUUUAAUUAGGCAAGUAGUAAUAAUAAAAGAAGAAUAUGAUCUGGAUAACAAUGACAAUAUUGAUAAAAAGUCAGAUAUUAGGUAUAACAAACCUUAUAAUAAUUGUAGUAUGGAUUCAGAACAUCUUGUAAAUGGUGAUAUUAGUGCUAGAGAAAUUUUAGAAAAUAUUUAUAAUGAACAUUGUUAUUAUUGUCCACCUAUGCAUGAUAAUGAAAGCAUUCAACAAAAUUUAAUUUGUCGCUACAGCAUUGAACAGUUUAAAAGUGAUCAAAAAGGCUUGUUUUUUCUAACAGGUUUAGAAAGCUAUGAACAGUUUUUGUACAUUUUUAAAUCAUUGGGAAGCACUUUGAACAAUGUAAAUUACACUUUAGAUUUAAAAUCACAAAAUGAAAUCUCUUCAGGAGACAAACUUUUCCUUACGCUGUGGAAGCUGAAGAGGAAUAAUCCAGAAUUUGAACUGGGCAUGCACUUUGGUCUUACCAAUGUAGCAGUAAAUGUUCUUUUCAAAAAGAUGAUCAUUCAUCUGGCCAGUAAAUGGUCAUCGCUCGAUAUUUGGCCAACCAAAGAAUUAAUAGAAAAAUAUAUUCCUGACAACUGUAAGGUUCAUUCUACCAAGUUGGAAGAGGACGAAACAAAAUUAGCUCUGUAUGCAAAUGUUCGAGCCAAUGCAGAAAAGCACAUUCAGUUGUUUAAAAUUCUUGGGAAAAAAAUGAAUCCUGUGUAUGUAUCCAUUGCCACACAAAUUACCUCAGUCUGCAUAAUGCUGUGUAAUUACAAAGAAAUAUUUAAUAAUUGUAUUCCAAUAAAUUAAAAAAGUAUAUUUGUCUUGUUUUGCAAUCAAUUUUUGUCAUUUGGAAUCCAUCAGUUUUUACAUAACUUACUGCGGGAAGAGCAUUACGAAUGCAUCCAUCAAUUUGAAAGAAAAAUUCUCUCAUAUCGCGUCAUUUUCCCGCUAAAAACGCACAUCAGUCUAUAUGCUAUCUCUUUCUCUCUCUCUGCGUGGCCUCUGCCAGUGGUGGGCCUGCGGCUGCGCUCGCGGCCAAUCGCUCGACAUUUCCUGCCGCUUCUUAUAGAACCUUAUUCGCGAUUGGUCUUAGUUAACGCGACACCUUGGAAAUCGCCCAGCGUAAAAGUAAAAGGCAAAAGCAGAGCGGAUCAGUGUCGAAGUAGCAGUUGGGCCAGCUUCGUGUGUAUAGAUCAGCUGUAGAGUCGUUGUGCUUGAGUCUAGGUGUGAAUUAUGGGGGCUGCUCUUAAAAACUCCACAACCUGCAGAAAGAGUCGGGUCAGUAGAAUGGUGUCAAGGUCAAACUCCUAGGAAGCGUGCUUUUAGUAACGAAGUCCAGGAGAGAAGUAUCCAACUGCAUCACAACAUCCAAGACCAUCAGGAAUUCUAUGCUUUUCCAGAAUAUCAACUGCGCACAACUUGAAAUAUGUAAAUUUUUCUGUGACAAUCAAAUUCUCCUCUGAAUGAAAGAAAGGCAUUUAUAGUUAGAACAGAAUAGUGUUUUAAGUUAUAACAAGAACAAUGGGAUCCUCAAGACCAACCGACAGAUCCAUUGGAGAGGCUACAUUUUUACCUCAGUGGAUGAAAGGAAAAUUGGAUACCAGGUUCGACUACACGGAGAGCACCUUUAGCCCGCCAGCAGACGAUACCUUCUUCUACAUCCGCUACCCGAAGUCUUCGUCUCAAGACGCCUCCGCUAAUAGCAACGCGGGAAACAAGGAAGGUUUCAGGCCGCUCAGCGAGAUCAUUGGCGGCGUCGAUAGCAGUAAACCUGAGGCAACUGCUAGUUCCGGAAAGUUACUAGCCGGAAAGAGCGGCACUGAGUACAAGGACGCCAAAAACAUCGACUUCAGCAAACACCCGCUGCCCUGCCAGGCGUUCAUUCCGUUUACUGCCGAUAAAGCCAAUGAGCCAAAGAUCAUAAUCGCCAACAAGCCCAAGGUGAAGCAUCUGUCAGCAGACGAUGAGUUCCGUAACGACAAUGCCGCCGAAUGUGGCCGUUCCAUCGUUAACGUAGCAAAUCAGAUAAUGUCAUCCAAGUUCGGCAAGUCCAAUUCUUCGGACGCUUCGUCCGCCACACAACACCAGGUCGACGAUGCGGCUGCUCAGCAGAAGAAAGUAAGCCGAUCGUUGCCAGCAACGCCGUUGGCCUCGCCCUCAGGUACUCCGGACAGCUCACCGAAGACACGUCGGCGAGCCUACGGCAACCGCUUCUUCACGCCAGCUUUCAUACCUGACAGCAGUGGCGAGUAUCAACAGCAGCAGUCUCAACGCUACAAGAAUGGCUGGCUACUGAGCAGUAUUUUAGGCCAAUCGCGUGAGCUCAUCGCCCCGAAAAUCGAGGAGGAAGACGAGCAGCUAGGGCAGGAACCAAUCCCCAGUCGAGCUCUCAGUCGCAAAAAGUCCAUAUCCUCGCAGAAUCUCACCUACCUAGGCAAGGAGGAUAAAAAACAGGAAACCACCAAGUCGCAUAUCCUCAUGCAGGCCAAGCCAUCCGAGCUUCGAGAGAUGAACUUUUGGUCGCCGACCUCUAUGUAAAUCGGUCGCUUUCACACGAGCAUUCAUUUCGGUUUAAAAUAUACUUGUAAGACAGGAGCGAGAGGAUCCGCCCCGUAGAAAAUCGCGAAUUUUGAUUUUACCGUUGAAUUGUUUUAGAUUGUAGGACGAUUUUUUGUUAUUUUACUGCACGAUUGCUUUUUUGGCCUUUUUUCAUGAUGAACUUGACGAUUUUUUGCGGGCCAAUGUCCCGACCGACUUUGCCUCUCUGUAAAUUAGCUGAUAAAAGAAGCUUGAAUUUGGUUAAAUCUAGGCUUUUGCGGCGUUACGACGCUAUGAAGCAAAAAAUUUCAUUUUACUCAUUACUUGAUAAAACUAAUCCGCUUGGUUCAACUUUCUUAAGCUGAUAAUUUUACUUAAGAUAAGUAUAGUUUGUAAAAACUACAGCUUCAUGGAAUAAAGUAUUAUAUCUAACUCGAUUAAGCGCAUGACGUUUUUUUUUUUUUAAGUUUAGAACAGUUUUAGUUAAAGAGAAGACCUCAUAGAGUUCGAUACCUAUCAUGAAUAAUGUGUUUUUCUUUCACAGAUAUUCUUAAUAAUGUAAAUCUUGAACUCAGCGUCUUUCUCAUUUUUUAUUUUGAUUCGUGCGUAUUUGUGAAAGCGAUCGACCGAUCGGUUAAUGCGUGAAAUCCUGAAAAAUAUUUCAGCGUUUUGUCAUAUACAUAUAUAUAUAUAUAUUUUUUUUUUCAUAUAUUUUUAUCGCACAUAAUCCUCUUUUCAUAAAGCGAAACUUUUGUAAAUUUCUUGUAAGUUGUUAGCAGUUUUAUGUAAACCCUUUAUUGGCUCUUACGAAUAAGAGUUUUGAGUUGUGGGUGUAAUACUAGAGUUUAAAGUAGUAGGGAUGGUUUCAGAAUAAUGUUAGUGGUUUUAGAUAACGAUAUGCCUGUUUAGGUCGAAUUUGAAUUAUGGAAAAGAAAUAGAAGUUAAUAUUAAUUUUCCACGCGUACCUACACUGACAGAUUAAAAGUUUUGACUUUUAAUUGCCUUUAUUUAUUUAUUGAGAAAGAGAGAUUUUUUCAACAUUCAACAACAUUGUACUGUGCUUUUUUGCAAAUAUCAUCGUCGAGAGCUUGAUCUAGCCGUUUCAAGGGUCAUAUAUAAAUAUAUUCCAACAUUUUGUAGCAGAAACUUUUCUUUAAAAUCGUGAAAUCAAAGUAUAAGAGAAUACUUGAUAUUUAAAGUGAGGUUGUCGCUUUGCUACAUAAAGAUCAAUUUUAAUCAGCAAAUUUUUAUAUCAGUGGUGAUUGCAGGUGAUAUUUGAUUCAAUUAUUUACGAUUGUUUUAGUCUAAUUAACUGUGCAAAAAAGCUGGGACCCCACAGAAUAAUUAAAAAAAUAGUAAUAAACUAUAGUUCAAUUGUGGAUUUACUCGAAAAACUAAAUUCAUAAAAAAAUUGAUAGAGAAACUUUGAAUUUAGUGAAAUGUGCGCGAAAAGGACGACGUGAUUAUCAAUUUGUAUCUAUUGAGCAAUGUAUUUUUUCAACGAGUUUUAUUGAGGUUCUAAUAAAAAAUAACAAUAUUAUAAUAUUUAUAAGUAUAUUUUUUAAAUAUAUAACGGCUCUUUUGAAUGUUAAAUAAUCGUAUAACUUAUAAUGCAAUCCCUAGCUACAUAAAAAAGCCUGGAAACUAAGAAUCUCUUAUUCUCUUGAAAAAAAAACCCGUGUGUUAAAAACCACAAGUCUUUUUAAAGAUUUGACUGAUUAUUACUUUCAGAAAUACGUUGUUAUCGAUCAUUAUAAUACGAAAUUUAGGAUUAAAAAGCUUCUAUAAAUAAAACUAUUUGAUAAGAUUUGUAAUACCAAAUAAGAUUGUGCUAAAUGUGUCACAUCUGUUGAGUAUGUAUGCCACAUAUCAUCGAUAUCUUUUUUGUAAAAUAUCAUGAGACAUACAAUACGCGCUAUAUUCACGUCUUGUUUCAAAACCUGAAUAUAAAAUGUGAUACAAUAUUUAUAUUGCUCAAAAGAUAACAGUAGAUUUUCAUGUAAUUGUACAUCGCCACAAAUAUAUAUGCAAAGUGUGCAUGUUGAAUGUAGCACGAUGAGACCAAUGCACAUACGAGAAAUAAAAUAACGAGCAGCUGAACAUUGAUGGAAAUAUUUUGCGAAACGAAAUCCUUGAAAGGUAUUUUUCAUGCGCCAUUUUUUGUGCCGAUUUCAAAUCCUCCGAUUUUUUUAGAUUUAUACAUCGCCAGAGCCGCAUAGCGCUGAGAAAAAUUUAGAUAUAUUUAUACCAAUUUACCGCGUCAGUUGAAGCACUUGAAUAUCCGAUUGGACCAUGGAAAAUAAUGUCUCGUAUCUGGUCAUUUAAUAGGCAAUUUACACUAUGCUAUUGUAACAAAUAACAAUGUUUAAAGCUACCCCUAUGAAGUUUAUUUUAACAUAUUCAAUAGUCUUUAAACAUUUAUAAUAUAAUAAUAAUAAUCAAGUGUGUGUAUGUAUCGUGGGACUUAAAGUUAGGUCUCAUUAUCAACGUGAAAUUUGUCAAUGUCGCAUUAGGAUAAUAAAAUUAAUAUAUCCACACGCACUUUUAAUUAA